AGCAAUGAGCUCUCAUCUCUAUUUUCACAAUAAUGCAGAAUAAACUUGGAAAAUGAGUAAAGUGAAUAAACAGAAGGAUACUGCUGCGGCGGCUACGUCAGGAGUGAAGCGGAUUAGCGAGAAGAAAUUAGAGGCCUUCACUGUGGGCACCUUUUCGAAGCGACAGUUAUCCAAAAAGGAGAUCGAGGAGCAAAAGAAGAAGGAGGAUGCAGCAGCCGCAGCACAUGCGUUCAAGGAGUUUGUGGAGACGUUCCAGGAGGCACCCACACCAUCCUCCAAGGUGUGGGUUAAGGCUGGUACUUACGAUGCGGGAACCAGGCGCGAAGACAAAUCGGAAAAGGGCAAGCUUUACAAGCCAGGCGCGAAGCUGCUCGAAAAGAGCUCCUCCGACAAAGCCGAGGAGUACGCCAAGACCCUGGCUUCUGACCUGAAGAAGGACUCAGGACCCUUGAAGAAGAAAAACCAGGAAAAGAAAAAGAGCAACUUGGAACUCUUUAAGGAGGAACUAAGACAAAUCCAAGAGGAACGUGAAGAGCGUCACAAGUACAAACAUAUGGCUGUAUCCCAUGCCCACACUCAGCCAUCCCAACAACAACAACAGCCCCAGGCAAAGCCUAGCAACAGCAAUGAACCAGCCAGUUCCAAAGCUUCAAACAGCGCCCGGGACUCAGGAUCAUUUGAUACUGGAGAUCCCAAUACGACCAAUCUUUACCUGGGCAAUCUGAAUCCCAAAAUAUCUGAGCAACAGCUAAUGGAGAUCUUUGGGCGUUAUGGUCCCCUGGCUAGUAUAAAGAUAAUGUGGCCACGAUCGGAAGAGGAAAAGCAGAGAGGUCGUAAUUGUGGGUUCGUAGCCUACAUGAGCCGCAAGGAUGCCGAAAGGGCACUCCGGGCUCUUAAUUGCCGAUACGUGAUGGGCAACAAAAUGCAACUUGGAUGGGGUAAAACUGUUCCAAUUACGAACACACCCAUAUUUGCUCCGCAAGCUCUGUUGGAGUUGACGCUACCUCCGCCGCCCUCUGGACUUCCGUUUAAUGCUCAGCCACCGCCAAGCGAACAAGAUGUUUUGCCCAAGAAAAACUAUAAGGAAUUUGACAAGGAGGAGGACAAGGAAAAUAUGGAAAGGAUUCUUGGAAAGUGUGUUGUAAAGGUCGUUAUUCCAAAUGAAAAGGCUGUACUAAACAUUAUACAUCGGAUGAUUGAAUUUGUUAUUCGAGAAGGCCCCAUGUUCGAAGCUUUGAUAAUGAUUCGGGAAAUGGAGAAUCCGCUUUUUUCGUUCCUCUUCGAUAAUGAGAGUCCAGCUCACAUCUACUAUCGAUGGAAACUAUUUUCGUUGCUGCAAGGCGAUACUCCCAGCGAGUGGAGGGAGAAAGAUUUCCGCAUGUUCAAGAACGGACCAGUUUGGCGGCCACCGGUUGCCAAUUUCUUUACUCAGGGUAUGCCGGAUGAGUUGGUGGUGGAUCCUGAUGCUCCUGUUACCCAUUCUGGAGCCUUAUCUCAUGCGCAACGAGAUCGCCUUGAAGACCUUCUAAGAAAUAUAACUCCGGAGCGUUCCCGCAUCGCAGAUGCUAUGAUAUUCUGCAUCGAGCAUGCGGGCUCUGCUGAUGAGAUCUGCGAAUGCAUCGCCGAGUCUUUGUCGGGUGCCAAGACAUUGGCUUCCAAGAAGAUAGCUCGAUUGUAUUUAAUUUCAGAUAUUCUGCAUAAUUGCACAGUUAAGGUUUCGAAUGCUUCAUUCUUUCGCAAAUCCGUGGAAAAACAAUUGGUUGAAAUCUUUGAGAGUCUGCACACUUACUACUCGAACAUUGAGAGUCGUUUGAAAGCGGAAGGUUUCAAGUCAAGGGUCUGCAACGUCAUUCGCACUUGGGAGGAAUGGACCAUCUAUCCCAAGGAGUUUUUGGCCCAGCUAAGGGCUAAGUUCCUCGGGAAACCGUAUGUCAUGCCAUCGAGUUCGUCACCUCAAGCCGAGGAAGAGCCCUCUGAAGAAGCUCUGGAUGAAGAUAUUGAUGGUGCCCCUCUCUCAGGAGAGGAAAAGGACGACGAGGACCUGGACGGAGUGCCGUUGGACGGAGCUGCUUUACUCAAAAGCGCCUUGAAGCGAGCCAUGCCCGAGGCUGCUACUCCCCAGCGAAAUACUCCAAGGAAGGAUGAUUAUCUGGACGAGAUCGACGGCGUACCACUUGACGAGGAUCUCGAUGGCGUGCCGCUCGAAAAAGAGGUAAAGCCUCAGGCAAAGAUGCCUGGAUUUAUUCCAUCCAAGUGGGAGACUGUGGAUCCACAGCAGGUGGAGGCCCAGGCCAUUACCACAAGCAAAUGGGACACUCUCGAUCCACCAGAUCCUCCAAAGUUCUACAGCUCCGACGAUGACAGUGAGGAUGACAAUUCUCAGACAUACAACGACGAAAAGCGUCAAAAGCUAAGAGAUAUCGAAUUGAAAGCCAUUCAGUACCAGGACGAAUUGGAGUCUGGAAAACGGCGCUUGGAACCAGGAUGGACUGUUCCAGAGCAAGUAGAGUAUUUCCGUAAGCGGUUGCUGAAACAGGAUUCCAGAUCAGAGUCUACCGUGGACUCGCCUCUUAGCUACAUGCACACCAAGACUAAGAGCUCUAAGCAUAGCGCCAGCCCACCGUACAGUAGUAGCUCUCGCAAGCGUUCGCACUCGCCAGAGUCCAAACGUCGUGACCAUUCGCCGGAAACCUCCCGCAGCAGCAAAUCCUCAAAACGUAAUCGCUCGCGCAGCCCUUCGGAUUCGCCGAAGCGCUAUUCGGAACGAUCCUCUCGUAGUUCCAAGUACGACAGUCCGGCAUCUAGCUCUUCGCGCUCCAGAAAGUCCCCAUCGCCCUUUGCUUCACGGUCAUCUCGCCGUGAGGAGACGUCACCCCCAAAAUCUCGCACUGACAAGCACAAACACCGGCAUAGGCAUUAG